CUGUCUUUGCGCCUUAACUUGCAGUCUCGAUACAACUGGAUGUCCGUCUUUUCCUUCGUCGUUUUCCCCACGGCCCCAGUCCAAAUCUCGCUUAAAGUUCUUCCCAGCUGGAUGCCCCGUGACCAAUCGCAGCGACAAUGAUCGCAAAUUCCUUUCUCCGAUCGAAAGUGGUAGCUCGGAUUGGAGGGCUGUGGAGAAAUGGGAUAUUGCCGCAGGUUAGCACCUCGUGCGCGAGAUUUAUGGGUUCGGAGGCUUCUCUGGAAGCUGAGUCGAAUGAAGGAAAGGGGUUUAAGGGCCACGGCAUGCUAGCUCCAUUCACUGCUGGAUGGCAGAGUACGGAUUUGCACCCUUUAGUCAUCGAAAGAUCUGAGGGUUCUUAUGUUUAUGACAUUGAUGGGAAAAAAUAUCUUGAUGCUCUUGCUGGAUUAUGGUGCACUGCAUUAGGUGGAAAUGAGCCUCGCCUUGUUGCAGCUGCUACUGAACAGUUAAAUAAAUUGCCAUUUUACCACUCAUUUUGGAAUAGGACUACAAAGCCGUCCUUGGAUCUCGCCAAAACACUUCUUGAAAUGUUCACAGUUAGAAAAAUGGGAAAGGCCUUUUUUACAAAUAGUGGUUCAGAAGCCAAUGACACUCAGGUGAAAUUGGUUUGGUAUUAUAACAAUGCAUUAGGAAGGCCAAAUAAGAAGAAAUUCAUUGCAAGAUCAAAAUCAUACCAUGGAUCAACAUUAAUAGCAGCAAGUUUGUCCGGCCUUCCUGCUCUACAUCAGAAGUUUGAUCUUCCUGUUGAUUUUGUACUGCACACUGAUUGCCCACAUUAUUGGCGCUUCCAUCUACCAGGUGAAACUGAGGAGGAGUUCUCAACUAGGCUGGCCAACAAUCUCGAGAAGCUUAUUCUCAAGGAAGGUCCAGAAACGAUUGCUGCCUUCAUAGCAGAGCCAGUCAUGGGUGCUGGAGGUGUCAUCCCUCCACCAAAAACCUACUUUGAGAAGAUUCAAGCUGUUAUAAAAAAAUACGACAUUCUCUUCAUUGCUGACGAGGUUAUUACUGCCUUCGGAAGGCUGGGAACCAUGUUUGGAUGUGAGAAAUAUGAUAUUCAACCAGACCUUGUCUCGAUGGCUAAAGCCCUUUCCUCUGCUUACUUGCCCAUUGGAGCAAUCCUUGUCAGUCCAGAAAUUUCAGAGGUUAUACAUUCUCAAAGCAAUAAACUUGGCGCAUUUUCACACGGUUUCACUUAUUCUGGGCAUCCAGUGUCAUGUGCUGUUGCAAUAGAAGCUCUCAAGAUUUACAGGGAAAGAAAUAUAACUGAGCACGUGCUAGCCAUAUCCCCAAAGUUUCAGGAGGGCAUCAAAGCUUUCUCUGAUAGCCCCAUUAUCGGGGAGAUAAGAGGCACAGGCCUUAUUCUUGGGACUGAAUUUACGGACAACAAAUCUCCAAAUGAUGCUUUCCCAUCCGAAUGGGGCGUAGGAUCCUUUUUUGGUGCAGAGUGUGCAAAGCGCGGAUUGUUAAUCCGCAUUGCAGGAGACAGCAUUAUGAUGUCACCUCCCCUUAUCUUCUCCGAAAAAGAAGUUGAUGAGCUGAUAAGCAUUUAUGGCGAAGCCCUGAAGAGUACAGAGAAGAGGGUGUUGGAGUUGAAAUCCCAAGCCAAGUAAUCCAUUGUGGCGAAACCAACAUUCAUGUCAGUAUUUCGUGGUUUUGUUUUUCAGUUUUGCAACUGCUCAAUUAGACUGGCGAUUUCACUCAAUAAAACCGAUGACUUUAUGUAGCAAAUUGGCAACUUAGCUUAGCCAAGCAAGGCCGUUCCUUUACAAA